UAAUUAAAGUUAUGACUAGUAUUACAAAAGGGAGAGAGGUAUGAAUAUUACUAAUGGCAAAUGAUUAUUAUAAUUAUUGACUUGUGCAGAACUCUUUGUGCAUGAGCAAAAACUUACGUAAAGAAAUACAUCAUUCAUCACAUAAAAAAUUGCUAAGACAUGAGUUGUUUCUGACAUUUUAUUUUUUCCAUAAAAACCACUUUGCUACCCAAAUUAUAAAAGAGAUCCAUUGUUUAAAUCAAAGCAUAAUCAAUACUUGUAUUUAUUCAACUAUUCAUAAUUUCUUGCAUAUAUUAGUUAUAUAACCAAACUUCUCCUAGAGAUCUGAGUCCCUCUUAUUUCUCCCUACAAAAAACACACCAAAAAAAAAAUAUAUGCCCUCCAAUACAAGAAAAUGGUAUCUCUAAACUUCAUAUUCCUCUCCUUAACCAUAUUUGCCUCUAUAGCUUGUACAUUCUCCGAGCCCGAGGAAGCUCCCCUUGAUGAUAUAAACAAAUGGUGUGACACCGUUCCACACCCCAAGACAUGUAAGUACUUCAUGGCUCGAACGCCAGGUGCGUUCGAGCCAAAGCAGAAGUCCGAUUUUAGGAGAAUGAUGGUGGAGGCGGCCUUGGACCGUGCCAUGGCCGCCCAAAGCCACUUGUGGAUGUGGGGGGAAAAGUGUGCAAACCAUAGUGAGCGAGCAGCGUGGUCUGAUUGCAUUAGGCUUUAUAGCCACACCAUAAUUCAACUUAAUUACACCCUCUAUGGUUUGACCAGUAACUCGAGUUUCACUGAAUUUGAUGCUCAAACCUGGCUUAGCUCCUCCCUCACCAACCUUGACACUUGUAUGAGUGGGUCCCAAGACAUGAACGUCACAUCAUUCAUCUGGCCCCACGUCUCGUACAACGUGUCUGACCUAAUUUCCAAUGGGUUAGCCAUAAGUGAAGGCCUAAUUGAAGAAUUUGUCAAUGCUACUAGUAGUGGUAACACAAGCGAGUACCCUACUUGGAUGAGGCAUGAAGAAAGGAAGUUAGUGCAAGUGUCUAGGAAAUUGGCAGUCAAGAAAGCUAUGUUCGUCGUGUCUAAGGACGGUUCGAGCCCUUAUAGGACGGUUCAAUCAGCCAUUGAUGCCGCGGCUAGGAGCCGUAUAAGGGGAAGGAAAGUGAUACAUGUUAAAAGAGGUGUUUAUAGGGAGAAUAUAUAUGUUGGACCAUAUAACGAUGAUAUAAUGUUGGUUGGUGAUGGAAUGAGGAAUACCAUUAUUACUAGUAGUAGAAGUGCUCGAUCUGGUUAUACAACCUAUAGUUCUGCUACCGCAGGUAUCGAUGGACUUCGAUUCAUUGCUCGUGACCUAACCAUUCAAAACUCAGCCGGGGCGCAAAUGGGCCAAGCUGUGGCAUUGCGCUCAAGCUCGGAUCUUUCAGUUUUUUACAAAUGUGCAUUCCUAGGAUACCAAGACACCCUAUUUGUACAUUCACAAAGACAAUUCUACAAAAUGUGUUACAUUUUUGGUACAAUUGACAUUAUUUUUGGAAACGCGGCUGUUGUAUUCCAAAGUUGUAUGAUCUAUGCAAGGGUGCCAGUUUUAGGCCAAGCAAAUGUCAUCACGGCCCAGGGUCGGGUUGACCCAAAUCAAAACACGGGGAUCGUGAUGCAUGGAUGUCGGAUCAUGGCAGAUGAAGACCUUGCAGGAAAGAUCCGAACCGUUUCCACGUACUUGGGUCGACCAUGGCAACAAUAUUCUCGUACAAUCAUCAUGAGAUCAUACAUGGGUCCGUUGGUUCACAAAGCAGGGUGGAUGCCCUGGAAGAGUGCAGGGUAUUUGAGCACCUUAUACUAUGCAGAAUUCGGUAAUUUUGGGCCUGGUGCAAGGCUUCGCAAUCGGGUCAACUGGCCAGGCUACCAUAUCAUCACUAGGCCUAACGCAGUCUCACAGUUUAGCGUUGAACGCUUCAUCGCGGGGCGAAAAUGGCUGCCUGCAACCGGUGUGCCCUUCAGUCCUGGUGUUUAAACCAUACAAUAGAGUACUAAAUUAUUUUGCUUGGCGAUUAAUUUCUCAUUGAUCAUAUUCAUAUUAGUGCAGAAACUACUACCCAGGGAUAAUUUUUACUCCCUUUCCUGUUUGAGUAAUUAUUUGAAGAUUGAUCAGGUAGUAAUAUUUAAUUGUUUUCUGAAACUUGUUGAUUUAUACAUAUUUAAUUCAUGUAAAAAUAGAGAGAUUGGAGGAAAUAAUUUUAGGGCUACAUUUUCCUUUGCUUCUCAUUUCUUCAGUAUUUUGUAUUUUCAAUGGUAAGCAUAUCAGAGUUUGGAUCAUGGUUUGGAUUAAACUUAU